AUGCCUGACGGCGGAACGGCCAUUGUUUGCUGUGGAAUGGGAAGCAAAACACCCGGCAAUGGCAAAAAGUCGGCGGUGGAUGCGACGCUCAAAGCCAUGGCGUUUGGCUCCUUCAUCGGCAGGGGUCAGAUAUGCGCCGCUUCCACGCGCAUGUUGGUUCAUAACAGCAUCCUCGACGAGAAAGGCCCGGUCAUCUCCGCCAAAAAAUUUCAAACCACCGAGACGCUCGUCCUCUCGGCCCUCGCUGACGAAUGA